AUUUAAUCGAAUAAACAAUGUACGUUCAAUUUCUUUUUAUUAUGGGUUGUUUUUUUGUGGUUUGUGCUAAAGGACCUUCAGAAAUUGACAAAUUAAGAACGGACUUUUGUUAUAUUAAAUCUGCACAUUAUAUCGUUCCAAAUAAGAGGAUUUUGCUUCAAAAAUUUUAUGAAUUUGACCAAAAAAAUAUUCAACCUGUUUCCAGAAAAUAUUUAACGUCUUUUCUUAAUACUGAUAAUAAAACUGCUACUAAGAUAUUACGGUAUAACUUAGAAGAAAUUGAGAUGGGAUAUAACAAAUCUUUAAGACAUUUAGGAAGUUAUGUAGAUAAAGUUUCUACGCGAGAGUCUACAUUAAACUAUUAUCUUUCAAGAGGUUCUCGAUUGAUUCAAACCAGUUUAAUAGACAUUUUCGGAAUACUGGGAGAUGUUUUGAAUACAACUUUAAAGGGAUCUACUGAUUAUUGGUGUAAUAAUGGAAACGAUACAUAUAGCAGGUUAUUUCAAAUUUAUCACGCUGUUGCUAUAGCAGAAUUUAAAAUUUAUUUUAUGUUGUGCUUACAAGAUGUGUUAAUAGGCAAAUCUAUAGGAGACAUGAAAGCGUUAUUGGAAACAAAAAAAAUAUUUAUUAAUAUCACAAAAGGUGCAACAAUAGAUAUACGAAGAUGUGACCCAUACAAAUUUAUUAGAGAAACUAAUUAUCUUCACUUCACCAAACUGCUUCAAGGUUUUUUGAACAACAUUUAUGAUGACAAAAUGACUCAAGGAAAGUUAAAAAAUCAGUGUACAGGCGAUAAAACUAUUGAAUGUAUGACAGUAAGUUCUUCUGGCAAAGUUUGCAUUUCAAGUUUUAAGUACAGACGGUACGACUUUAUUCUACAAAAUAAACAAUUUAUGGGAAAAAGGCAGUAUUGUUCUCAAUCAAAACUAAAGAAGUGGAAUGGGAAGAACGAGUUAUGCGUAUGUGAUGCUUUUGGAGCUAAAUCUGAUAGAUAUAUAAGUAUUAGAAUGUCAAGUUCUAAUAUACUAGAAAAUUAUGUCAUAACAGGGCUAAGAUUCAAAAAAUCCAAGAGAGUACUGCACUUGCAAAUCCAAGAGGGCAGACUCCUAUCAGAUGGUAUCAUUCAAGAAAACUCUAUCCACUGGGUACCGCUUAAAGAUUUUAAAAUAACAGACGAUGGCAUCUAUAAUGAUAUUGACAUGUAUUCACUUACCAAUAGGAAUAGAACUAUGGCCAUUGAUGAGUUUAAAAUUGAGGAAGAUAAUCAUGCGAUUACUGGAAUCGGGUUUCAGCUAAUAGAAGGAAAACUUCAGUUGGUAGCGACAGUAACAAAGUACAACAGUUCAACUUACAAACUGAAUAUAACAGAAGCGAAAAACAUCUAUAAUAAAUCUCUGAACAGAACGGAUUUAACCCCAAAAGAAGCAGACAUUCCAAUUUAUACAGAUAAGAAUUCCGAAAUCUUAUCCAAUGGUCCGAGUUUUCUUAAUUUCACCAAUACCGAUAUUAAUAAGGAUGUCGCCCAAACCACAAUUCCUUUCUUUGAUGCACAAGAAGUGACUAACAGGCCCGCAAGACCUUUGGUGGGCGCAGGACUCUAUUAUAAAGGCCGAAAAGGUUAUGGGGGCUUUAUAGCGCCCAUGAUCAAAAUCGCCAUAAACUUGUGAAUAUAUAAGUUUUUAUACAUUUUUAUUUGUUUAUACAAACUGUUCUCUACAAAGAGUACUAGCUCCCUAACUCCUAUUCGUAAGAAAUAUGAUAGUAAUUAAGUACUAUAGGCUAAAGAAAUUAUUAUUAGUCAUUUUAAUGUAUUUAGAAUAAAGGUAGAGUACAGAAACA